CUUACUUUCUGCUUGAAGAUCUUUGAAGGGGGCAUAUUAUCAGCAAAGAUGACUGCUGCGAGUGACCCUCCAACAUCACGUGGUGUGCACUGGUCAGUGAAAUCGUGUAAGGAAUCAACAAGAUUGAUCUUGGUCAAAAAUGAGUCUGAGUUCAAGCAUCAGGUUAGCGGGGAUAUAGAUGAACCAGCCGUGGUUCCUGAAACCAUGAGCCAGUCCAAGGCUAAAGGAGACCAAGCAGAUCAAGUCAUGUCAGCAGCUCAUGUGUUGAUUUCCAUGUCAUCACCGUAUUCACCACCACUAGUUUGGUAUUCAUCACCACUAGUUUGGUUUGCCAACAAAGUAACCUAUGUCAAACAUGAUUAUGACUUGGAAUUUCUCCUAAAAAAGGGACAGGCAGGGGGGAAGCUACAUGCAUCUGACUGGGCAUACCGACAACAAAAAGCUCAGCGGAUGCAGAUGCCAGGUCAGCGUGGCAGUCGCGUGAAUGCAUUAAAGGGGAAAUACGCAUCUCUGGAAACUAAAAAAAUCAUUGUCAAUUGGGGGAAGAUAACAAAAGGUAAAAGAAGCAAAAGGGUUCGUAACAGGAAUCCUAUGUCUGCUUUCCUCUGAGGGAGACUUCUGUGUAAAUGGAGGUAAAUACAUCUGCGGAUAAAGUUACAUGCUUAUAUAUAUACACACAAUAACUUUAACUGCUUAUAUAUAUGCUGAUCGAUGGGCAAAAUUCCUAUUUGAGAUGUUAUCGCUACUUGCUAGAUGGAUGAAAUAUAUUGUCGUGUUUC